AUGCCGUGUCUAGUCUUCAAGGGCGCCGAUCCCAUCCAGCUCUGCCACCUCGUCACACGACCUGCCCACUCCAUCAUCAACCAAGCCUUUGAUUCGCGCUUGCGUCUCGACGCUACCCGUGCCGUCAACGGAGACGGCUUUGGUGUAGGAUGGUAUGACUCCAAGCCAGAUCCUGAGCUGGGAAACGCUCCAUGCAUCUUCACCUCGGUCACCCCAGCCUGGAACAACCAGAACCUGCAACGCAUCGCCGAAAAGAUCAAGUCUCCUCUCGUCUUCGCUCACGUUCGUGCAUCCACGGCAGGUGCUCUUUCCGAGACCAAUUGCCAUCCUUGGAGGUAUGGCCGGUUGAUGUGGAUGCACAAUGGUCAAAUUUCGGAGUUCUCCAAGAUCAAACGCAAGGUGCUCGCCUCUCUGCCCGAACCGCUCUUCCUCUUUCCUCAAGGACACACCGACUCCGAGUUUGCCUUUGCCGUCUUCCUUAGCCACCUGGGCAACCCACUCCAGACCGAACCGUUCUCGUACAAGGAGCUUCGGGAUGCCAUGUUGGCCACCAUCAACGACUUCAACAGCUGGGCGCGCGAAGCGGGCAUCCAAGAACCGAGCCUUAUGAACUUUUGCGUCACCGAUGGCCAGAGCAUCAUCUGCACGCGCUACGUCUCGAGCAAGCACGACCAGGCUGCCUCGCUCUACUUUUCCUCCGGAACCAGCUUCUACGAACACUCACCAGGCACCUACAGGAUGGUCAAGACCGACAAGAGGGAGAAGAUCAUUGUCGUGGCCAGCGAGCCUUUGACGUUUGAAAAGGCCGACUGGAUGGAGAUCCCCACCAACACGCUGGUUUGCAUUACGCCCAAGAUGAACGUGCUUCAGUUGCCCAUCAUCGACGAGUAUGCGCUGGGUAAAGGCGAUCAGACGAUUCGAAGCCCGACCUUUGCCAUCAAGACGGGCUAUCCGCCGAGCAUGUCCGGCGCUACAGCUGCUGCUGCCGUUGCGGCGAAUGGCGUUGGUGCGAAAGAGGAUGUUGGUCUGUUGAUGUCCAAUCUCAGGUCAGCUCCUGUCAGAGGUUCGGCUGCUGUGCGAUAG